UGUCCGGCCACGUAGGAAUGCGUAAAACGCUGUUGCGUGUAAUGCAGCAUUUUUAUUGGCCUGGGGUAUAUGCCGACGUGUCGAGAUUUUGCAGGUCGUGUGACAUUUGCCAGCGGAGCUCUAUUGGUAAGCCUCCUAAAGUACCUUUAAUUAACCUGCCGGUUAUAAGCACUCCUUUUGAAAGAGUUGCUAUUGAUCUGAUUGGACCAUUGACAAAAUCAAGGAAGGGCAACCGAUUUGCCUUGGUCUCCAUUGAUCUUGCGACGAAAUACCCGGAUGCAGUUCCACUCAAGAGGAUCGACAGCGAAACGAUUGCCGAGGCACUCCUCGAAAUCUACUCACGCGUGGGACUACCGAAAGAAAUUCUGCAUGAUCAAGGGACCCAGUUCAUGUCAGCAGUGAUGCGCAAAUUUAAUCAAUUACUACAAAUAAAGAGCAUCCAUACAACGCCCUACAAUCCACGAUGCAAUGGAUCCGUCGAGAAUUUUAAUAAAUCAUUGAAACAGAUGUUAAAGAAAAUGACUGAAGAACAACCGGAAGAUUGGGACCGUUAUUUGCAACCAUUAUUGUUCGCGUACAGAGAAGUUCCUCAGUUGUCGACAGGCUUCGCUCCAUUUGAACUCUUGUUCGGGCAUGAAGUUCGUGGACCUUUAUUUCUUAUAAAGGAGAAAAUUCUGAGCAAUAUGACAGAUGAAGAAGAGCUGUCCGUGACGUCUUACGUAAUGCAGAUGAGACAACGAGUGAAGGAGUUCAUGGAACUGGCCAACAUCACGGAGGAAAGAAGUAAGAAGAAAGAGAAGUUUUACUAUGACAGAACGUGCCGAAAGCGAACUUUUAAGGUCGGAGAUGAGGUUUUGCUGCUGCUACCAACGUCAACCAAUAAACUUCAGGCAGAGUGGAAGGGGCCGUUCGUUGUGGUUAGAAGACUCAAUAAAGUAGACUACGUCAUCAGAGUUGGGUCCAAUGAACGAACUUACCACAUCAACAUGCUCAAACCAUUCCGAACCCGAGAAGUGCCGAGUCAGGCGGGACGAAUGGAAGUUAGUCAGUUGGCCGACACCACAGUUGGAUUGGAACCGAAAAUAUCGAAGGAACUGACAACGGAACAGAAGAAACAAAUGGAAACGCUGCUCGAAACCGAGAAAGCGGUGUUUAGUUCAGUUCCCGGUCAAAUUGCAGGUCUGAAGUAUCGUAUAUCGGUGAACACAGAGAAGCCUAUAAGGAUGCUUCCGUAUAAGGUACCCUUUCAUCUUAAAAAUCAAGUAAAGGAAGAAUUGGAGAAAUGGCUACGCCAGGGUAUCAUCAGAAAGUCAACGAGUGAGUGGGCAUCCCCGAUGGUGGUGAUGCGCAAUGCUGACGAUUCGUUGCGACUCGCCAUAGAUUUCCGGAAACUCAACCCACAUGUCAACGUUGACAAUUAUCCGAUGCCAGAGCGUGAGUCAGUCAUUGAACAACUCUUCGAUGCAAAAUUCUUAUCAAAGUUAGACCUAACGAAGGCGUAUUUCCAAAUGCCAUUGGAAGAGAACUCGAAGCAGUACACGUCGUUUGUAACAGAGUUUGGGCAAUUUGAAUUUAAUUGUGUACCAUUUGGAAUUAGAUUUGCUAGUGGACUGUGCAACCGUGUGUUGAAAGAAAUAUUGGCAGACUGUUCAGAUUUUGUUACUAGCUUUGUAGAUGACCUAGUUAUUUUCAGUAGCGAUUUUGAAUCUCAUGUGGUUCAUGUGCAGACUGUUAUGCGAAAGCUGAAGGCCGCAGGGAUAACUUUGAAUAUCGCAAAAUGUGAUUUUGGGCAGACUAGAGUGAAAUUUUUGGGCUUCAUUGUGGGGAGUGGUGAGAUAAAGCCAGACCCUGCGAAGGUAGAAGCUGUUAGGCAAUUUCCGAAGCCUGGUAGGAAAAAGGAAUUAAGGUCAUUUUUAGGUCUUUUGAAUUUUUAUAGACGAUUUCUACCGCAUUUGUCUCACCACAUUGCUGGGCUAACGAAAAUGUUAUGCAAAUCAGAGCUCGAUGUACUAUAGUGGACUAGCGAAUCAACUCGGUGCUUUAAGGAAGCAGUUGAAUUGUUGACCGCAGACGUAGCACUAGCGAUACCUAGGCCUGAUUUGACGUUCAUCCUGCAGACGGAUGCUAGUAAGCUGGGUAUUGCCGGAGUUUUGGGGCAGGAAAUAGAUGGGGAGUUUAGACCCAUAUCCUUCAUGAGCCGCAAGUUGAAUAAGGCCGAGCAAAACUACUCUGUCAUCGAGCAGGAAUGUCUAGCAAUUAAAUGGUGUGUCAACUAUUGUCAUCAAUAUUUGUUCAGCAAGAAGUUUAUAAUUCGUACUGAUCAUGCGCCUCUGCAAUGGUUGUGACAAAACAAGGAAAAAAAUUCUAGAUUAAUGAGAUGGGCCUUGUCUCUUCAGGGAUACGAUUUCGUGAUCGAAUACAUAAAAGGGUCUGAUAAUCUUUUGGCUGAUUUGUUUUCAAGGAAUGUUAAUGUACCAGAAUAUGAACCAAAGCGGACUAGUGUACUUAGUCAGGAUCAUUGUGUUCAAAUUGAAGGUUUGUUUUAGGAGGGGAGGUAUGUAAUGAUUUAACUUAUUAACUUAGAUUAUUUGAAGCUGAUAUUUUGGCAACAUCUCCCGAACCAUACAAAAUGCUUGCUUCCAAGUUUUGUUUAUUUGU